AGAAAGAGAAGAGGUUUAUAUAGGAAGUAGAGGAAGCACAAAUACACACACUUUCGCAGAGUCCAACGAUCUCAAAGCUCCUCCUCCUCUCUUUUCUUUCUUUCUCUCCAUCUCCCUCCACCAAAGUUCGUAGCUUCCUUUAUACAAUAGAGUGUGCUGCGUGCCUCUCAUUCAAUCUCUCUCUCUGUCAAUAGCUUCAAAGAACGGACCCUGAGAGAGUUUCAAAACAGAAUCGUUUCAUAUUUCUGAUCUGCGGAUUCUCCUCCUUCGCAUGCCGUUAAUCUCUGUUGCAGAGAAAGCAAUCGAAUUUAGCAAUCUUCGAGUGUGUUUUUUAUACUAUAGUUAGAAGUGACAGUGCGGAACACUAGUGUGACAUAAAAGGUCGAAGGGUGAGAGAAAGAGAGAGAUGCUCACGUGCAUAGCUUGUUCGAAGCAGGUAAACACCAACAAUGGCGGAUCUAAAGAUGAAGAAGAAGAUGAUGACAGAACGCCCAGGUCUAAGCAGGCCAUUAAGUCCCUGACGUCACAGAUAAAAGACAUGGCAGUGAAAGCUUCAGGCGCUUACAAAAGCUGCAAACCGUGUUCGGGUUCUUUAAACCGGAACUCGGAUGCUGCAUCAGCUUCCGGGAGGUUCCAUUAUGCGUACAAGAGACCUGGAAUCAGCAGAAGCGGAAGCUCUACUCCUAAGAUUCUAGGGAAAGAUAUGGAGUCAAGGCUAAAAGGGCUUUUGAGUGGAGAAGGAACACCUGAGUCCGUGAGCGGCAGGACAGAGUCUACAGUGUUCUUGGAGGAAGAAGAAGAAGAUGAGCCUAAAGAAUGGGUUGCUCAAGUUGAGCCUGGUGUCCUCAUCACCUUUGUUUCUUUGCCUGAGGGAGGCAACGAUCUCAAGCGUAUUCGUUUCAGUCGUGAGAUGUUUGAUAAGCGGCAAGCUCAAAAAUGGUGGGCGGAGAAUUUCGAGAAGGUCAUGGAGUUGUACAAUGUGCAGCAGUUUAAUCAGCAGAGCGUCCCGUUUCCAACUCCUCCUGCAUCCAAAGAUGAGAGCUCUUCCAAGAACGGUCCUGCAACUCCACCUCUAAACAAUGAAUGCCCUCGCGGAAAAGGGUCACUCGCUCACCAACUAAAACCACAAACACAAAGUCGGUACCGAAGUGAUUCGUCUGGUCUUGCGACGACGCCAAAACUCUCUAGCAUAAGUGGCACCAAAACUGAGACAUCAUCGGUUGUUGGGUCCGCAAGAAGUAGUAGGUUAUCAAGGGAAGACGAAGAAGAAGAAGAUGCAGAAGAGGUCUCAGUAAGUAAUGCGAGCGACAACGAAACAGAAUGGGUGGAACAAGACGAAGAAGGUGUUUACAUCACAAUCAGAGCUUUACCAGAUGGGACUCGCGAGCUUAGACGUGUUCGCUUCAGUCGAGAUAGGUUUGGGGAAACGAAUGCAAGAUUGUGGUGGGAAGAGAACAAAGCUCGGAUACAACAGCAGUACUUGUGAUGCUCUCUGCAAGACAUUUACACAGCAAAACCAAACACUUUAAAAAAAAUGUUUUUAACUUAGAGAAAAGCUACACACUGAUGGAAAUAAACUGUUUGGUUUGAAAUCAUGCAUUUGUUUUCUUUUUUUUAUAUAGUUGGUGGUUAUUAGUUCUCUUCUCUUCUCCUCUUCAUUGGAUUUCUUAUUGUGAUGACUAGAGCAUCUUGUUUUGCGUCUUUACAAAUCUUGCACGAGUUGUAUGUAGAAUAAUGCUUUAGAUAGGUCAUGCGAAGUUUCUUUCUA